AGACCACGUGACCAUCACUGCCACGCGACGUCAGUGGCAGAUGGCAUGGAUACCAGCUCUCGCAGUUGGCAUCGGUGUCAUUUCUCAAACGAGGGAAAGAAGUGAAGAGGGGGAGAAAGAGAACGGGAGAGAAAACAGAAAGGGUGGGAAAGGAGAGGACUGGAAAACCCGGCAGACAUUUCCGCUGUAAAAAAGGUGCUAUCGCCGAAACGGAGCUGGAACAUGAAAACUGCAUGUUAACACAGAAUCCAGGAGAAUGUUAACCUUACCCUUCGAAGAACCCGCUACGAUGCCCGAGCCGCGGUUUGCUGCCAACUUUCCUCCAGAAUGCGUCGCUGAAAACAAAAGCAGAAGGCGCGAGUCGAGUCACAGAAAACUCGACGCAAGCCCGAUCUCAAAGGCUAAGGAGGCGCACGAGGAAACCUCGGAGAAGGAAGAGGACGACAGAGAGGACGACCCGGACGAGAACGGGCAGCCAAGACGAAAGGGUUCUCGGAAAAAGAAGGCGGGCACGGGACGGCAGGAAAGGGUCAAAGUGCGGCGCCAGGAAGCCAACGCUCGGGAGCGCUCGCGCAUGCACGGACUCAACGACGCGCUGGAGAGUCUCAGGAAAGUGGUGCCCUGUUACUCCAAAACGCAGAAACUGUCGAAAAUCGAGACGCUGCGGCUGGCGAAGAACUACAUCUGGGCUCUGUCUGAAACCCUGAGCGUCGGCAAAAGGCCCGAUCUGCUCGCCUUCGUGCAGACAUUGUGCAAAGGGCUCUCGCAGCCCACCACCAAUUUAGUGGCGGGAUGCCUGCAGCUCAACGCCAGAAAUUUCCUCACAGAUCACAACGGGGAGGCCUCGUUCACUGGCAGGCCCGCGUACGACGCCGUUUACGCUCCUUAUUCCGGCUCCGAGACGGGCACACCCACAGGUCACGGCGGCGGCGGGACCAUGGACAGCGCCAAGCCGUUCAGACCGUACAGCUACUGCAGUUCCUACGAGUCCUUUUACGAGAACCCGUCCCCCGAGUGCACGAGCCCUCCUUUCGAGGGGGGUCCUCUCAGCCCCCCAAUUAACUUUAAUGGGAUAUUUUCCCUUAAGCACGAGGACCCCGCUGACUAUGGUAAGAGCUGCCACUACGGCAUGCGUUACUGCACGGUGCCAGCCAGGGGCUCGCUCGGCCAGAACUCCAUGUUUACCGUGUCCGCCGACAGCCAUUUCCCGUAUGACUUGCACGUGCGCGGCCAAUCUUAUGCGGUGCAGGACGAGUUAAACACAGCUUUUCAUAAUUAACGAGAGAAAGUGAAAAGGUUGUCUCCCCUCUGCCAGCUAAUUACUGAAAACAGAUUUCUCCGCUUGACACGGACGUGAAUUAUUUAGAAUGUGUGGCGUAUUUUGUAUUUUUUUUUAUGUAGGAGUUUCGUCGCACUUGAAAUGGUGUUCGAUUUGUUCGUUCGUUUAUGGUAGCUACAUUUUAAAGGGGAUACUGGUCUCUUGGCUACAUCUCUCGGUGAACCCAUAGAAAGGGAAAUUCACAAUGCAGGCCUUUAUUGUUCGGUAAUCAUUGAGAAUAUUUGUAUAAAUACGAAUAUUGCUUGUAUUUGUGAAAUGAAUAGCUAUGGACGUGUACAUUUAAUCAGUUUAAUAUUUGUGCUUUAUUAAAUAUUAGAAAGGCAAACUAUUUCAAGGUCUAAACGUCCUUAUUGUUACACAAAACAUUUUACAGUCGAUUCAGAACGCUUAAAUCACAAAGCAAUAAAAGGCCAAGACUAACUAUGCAAUAAACAACGACCUUGCCCAUCUUACCAUUUCCCAUCAGAUCAGACUUAAUGGAAUACGACCAGUGAAAAUAAUGAUUGAUCCUCCCAAUUGCACUACCAAUUCUUGCCCUGUGGCACGCGCCCGUAGGUUAGCCAUAGAAAUCGUUUAACCCGGCAGGCGAACAAUUCGUUGUUUUAUGUAUAAUUGGUGUGUGUGUGGGGGGGGGGG